AUGCAUAUCAUUAUUUCUUUUUAUUUCCUUGUCUUUAAUAGUUUCACUUACUUGACAUGUGAAUCUAUUGAUAAUGAUGACAGCGAGAACUUAUCAGCAAAUAGCAUAGCUGAAACGCUUAUUAAAGUAGUUGGUGCUGAUUUGGAAAGUUCUAGAAUUACAGAAUUAAAAGAAAAACUGAAGAAAAUAGAUAGUUAUGUCGUCGAUAAAAAUAAAUACACGGACCUACUUAAGAAUAUAACAACUGAAACUGAUUUGAAUCAAACUAAUUUCUUUACUGCAUUAUAUGAAAGAGACGAUUUUAAAUUUCUCUUAAAUAAUGAAACAAAAAAUGUAUAUUUAAAGCUUAAACAAAAUAUGAAUAGAGACGAUAUUAUUAAAAUAUUGGCUGAAAAGGCAAACACAAGUAAAUUAUUAACAAGGAAAACGAUUGGACUUGAUUAUAUGAAUAGAUUUGGUGAUGAUGGUGAAAGCGAUCCUAUGUUGGACACGAUUGUUGAUGAACUUAUCGCUGAAUCUCCAAAGGAUAAACACAGAUAUGAUUUUAAAGAUAAUGAAAACAUUUAUUGGGACCCUCAAGGCGAGCUAGAAGACCUUAAAGAGUAUCACCAACAUGACGGACGGCGUAUAUUUAAAGGAGAAAGAACUACGAUAAAGAACUAUCCAUUCAUGGUAUCAGUGCAUGUGAUGGGCCGGUUCUGGUGCGGAGGAGCACUGUAUUGGCAUGAUCUUGUGCUUACGUCUGCUGCCUGCUUACAGUUGAUGCACAACAACCGUUUCUUUCGGGAAAACCCAAAAGUGCUUCAAGUUAGGAUCGGCAGCAAUCACAGUAGAAUUGGUGGAGAGAUGGUGGACGCACUUGAGGUAUAUUUUCACCCAUCGUACAAUCCACGUACACUGAGAAAUAAUAUCGCUGUGAUACGUCUCCGGUAUCAUCUCUUCUUCACUUACCAUCGCACGCCGAAGAUCAUCGCCAUAUCCCACAAUCCUGGCGGUAUACCGAAUACCGCAGAAGUGUUGCUUUUGGGCUGGGGAGUUAAGAAGCUUUCACAAAAAAUGUCGUAUGAACCAGUUUUCCUUCAGCGAAAAAUUCUACCGGUCUACCCGAACGUGUUUUGUAAGGAAGUAUACGGAGAUAAGUUUAUUUCUUCAACAAUGUUUUGCGCUGGAACUAUUACGACUGGCGAAGGAGCGUGUGCGCAUGACGCCGGUGGUCCCGCUAUAGUAGCUGGAAAAUUAGUCGGGAUUAUCUCAUUCGGUCCGACCAUUUGUGGGUUCCCUAAUGCGCCUACCGUCUUCACAUUAGUCGGGGCCUUCGCUGAUUGGAUCGAGACUAUUAAUGAAACCAUGCCGAGCUACUAUGUUGGGAAGAAGCGCACAACGACGCUCAUUCCGUAUUCACAGUUGGAGCAUUUUGAUUUUACGAGAUUCCAUCGCACGACAAUAGCAGACACAGUCACCACCAGCGCCGCGUUUCUUCGUCAAAAUAACCCGACUACUUCGCCUGGUUCCUUACGGAACAAGAAGCUGAGAUUAAUUAAUUACACUUUCGGAGAUGACAAGAGUUUGGAGUAA